GAGAACGGCUUUGUCCACUUUUCCUUUCCCUCGUUGCCUUCGGGGUUUUGAGCAAUCAUGGCGGCUGGGCAAGGAAAGUCAGUUUUAUUCGUAUGUCUGGGGAAUAUUUGCCGGUCUCCCAUAGCUGAAGCUGUUUUUAGAAAACUCGUAAAGGAGGAGAACAUUGAAAACAAGUGGAGGAUAGACAGUGCAGCAACCUCUACAUAUGAAAUAGGAAACCCUCCAGAUUAUCGAGGCCAGAAUUGCAUGAGAAAACAUGGCAUAAUUAUGAAUCAUAUUGCCAGGCAGAUUACAAAAGAUGAUUUCCUGACAUUUGAUUAUAUCCUUUGCAUGGAUGAAAGCAAUCUACA